GAACGAGGCGAGCAGAAGUCUGGGCGAAGACGAGCUAGUUAGCUGACUGUCUGCUUGGGAGAUGGAGGAGCAGGAGAGAGCUAUGGAAGAGGAUGCUCUGGACUCAAAGCCUCCACUGACCACUGAAGAGGAUGAGCCCAAGCACACAGACCUCCACUGGUCUCAUAUCACUGAAACACAACAGGAGCCCAGUGAACCUGAAGAGAAUGAGAUGAAGCCACAGUCCUCAGAGCUCCUUGUUAUCAACAGCCUAGCUCCUCUAGACAGCUGGGAACCAGUCCACACUGAAAUCAAACCUGAGGAACUGACAAAGACAGAAAUGCUGAUACUGUCACAGACAGAGAAUCAGGCAGCGAUACAGACACAGGACCAGACACAGACAGAUGAGUUUAUCAUAGUUGAUCAGAAUGGACAGCCCCUACAGUGUGAACGCAUGGUGCUAGUGACCAGUCAGUCAGACAACGGAGAGAUGUAUGUUAUCCCCUCUAAUCAGCUAGGAGGGGCUCAGGUGUUACUUCCUAGAGGACACCUACUGGACAUCAUAGACCCUACAGGAUCCUGCGGGGAGGAAGAGCUUCACUCCAUCACGUUAACGGCUGUUACGGAUGACAGCGGCGGUUUGACUACAGUCACAUCGGCUGUUACGGAUGACAGCGGCGGUUUGACUACAGUCGCAUCGGCUGUUAAGGAUGACAGCGGCAGUUUGACUACAGUCACAUCGGCUGUUAAGGAUGACAGCGGCAGUUUGACUACAGUCACAUCGGCUGUUACGGAUGACAGAGGCAGUUUGACUACAGUCGCAUCGGCUGUUACGGAUGACAGCGGCAGUUUGACUACAGUCACAUCGGCUGUUACGGAUGACAGCGGCGGUUUGACUACAGUCGCAUCGGCUGUUACGGAUGACAGCGGCAGUUUGACUACAGUAUCAUCGGCUGUAACGGAUGACAGCGGCAGUUUGACUACAGUCACAUCGGCUGUUACGGAUGACAGCGGCGGUUUGACUACAGUAUCAUCGGCUGUUACGGAUGACAGCGGCAGUUUGACAACAGUCACAUCGGCUGUUACGGAUGACAGUGGCAGUUUGACUACAGUAUCAUCGGCUGUUACGGAUGACAGCGGCAGUUUGACUACAGUAUCAUCGGCUGUUACGGAUGACAGCGGCGGUUUGACAACAGUAACAUCGGCUGCAGCUAAGACCUCGACACAGAGCUCUCAGGACUGUUUCACCUCUCUUCUGAAACCUCUCCCAUCCAACGCCCCCAACUGGGCCCUGAGGCUUCAUAAUGCUGAGAAGAUAGGCGACUCAUACCGUGGCUACUGUAACACUGACACAGAGCUGGAGACCAUCCUCCUGCUCCACAAGCAGCAGACCAACAGUGUGUUUGGGACACGCCAGUCCCCCUCCCCUGCCAAGCCUGCCAGCCGUCUGAUGUGGAAGUCACAAUACGUACCGUACGAUGGCGUCCCUUUUGUCAAUGCAGGUAUACGGUCACAGUACUGGUUCAGUAGCCGACGAUGGCGUCCCUGA